AUGUCUUCCGAUAAGGUGCCGCCGCCGAUAUCGCCCUCGAAAAGCCGCCGUCAACUGCGCGAACGUAAACAAAGAAAGCUGUACUCGGAGGAGUGGAACCUCGGCGAUGAUGACUACGAGGGAGCGCGAGGUUUUAGCGUGGCGGAAAAGCUCGAAUCGUCCCGUUUCGCCCAAUCCGGCAUGGUGCGUGAGAUGAAGGGCGAAAAUCUAACCGUCGGGUUUCUGCAACAGAAUGGCUUCAACAUUCCGCUCCUGUUCAAGGAGAAAGCCGGCCUCGGGCUGCAGGUGCCAACGGCCAACUUCACGAUCGGUGACGUCCGCACGUGCGUCGGAUCUCGCCGCGUCCUGGACGUGAUGGACGUGAACACGCAGAAAAACGUCGAGAUGACGAUGAAGGAGUGGGAGAAGUACUACGAGGACCCGGUGAAGAAGAAGUUGCUGAACGUGAUUUCGCUCGAAUUUUCACACACCAAGCUUGAGAACUACGUGCAGAGUCCGGCGAUCGUGCGGCAGAUCGAUUGGGUGGAUGUGGUGUGGCCGAAACAGCUGAAGGAAUCGCAGGUCGAAUCGACGAACCUGCUGAACGACAUGAUGUACCCGAAGGUGCAGAAGUACUGCCUAAUGUCGGUGAAGAACUGUUACACGGACUUUCACGUCGAUUUCGGGGGCACGUCGGUGUGGUAUCAUAUUCUGCGAGGCAGUAAGGUGUUCUGGUUGAUCCCACCUACCGAGAAAAACCUGCAGCUGUACGAAAAGUGGGUCCUGUCGGGUAAACAGUCGGAUGUGUUCUUUGGCGAUACGGUUGAGAAGUGUGCCCGAGUUUACCUAACGGCUGGGAACACGUUUUUCAUCCCGACUGGGUGGAUUCACGCCGUUUACACGCCAACGGAUUCGCUGGUGUUUGGUGGCAACUUCCUGCACUCGUUCGGGAUCGUGAAGCAGCUGAAGAUCACGCAGGUUGAGGAUAACACGAAGGUACCACAAAAGUUCCGGUAUCCCUUUUUCACCGAGAUGCUUUGGUACGUGCUCGCGAAGUACGUUUACACGCUGUUGGGUCACUCGCAUCUUGAGGGUGAACCUGGCCGAGAGCAUGAGCUGGUGGGGAAACCACACGUGCAUCUCACCCACUACGAGCUGUUUGGGUUAAAGGACAUCGUGAUGUACCUGUACGAUCUGCCAGCGCAGAAAAAGAACGUACCGGAGUUGAUCAAGGACCCGGUGGCGUUGAUCAAGGACGUGCGAACACUCGUUGAGCGGCAUUGUAAGGAUCUUCCCGAGCUGGCCGUGACGGGAGUGCCGGUGUUACAUCCGGAUCUGAACGUGAGCAACAAUUCGUACAUUCGCGAGCAUUACGAGUACUACUCCGGUGAUGGAGGUGGCAAUCGAACGACCGACAACGAGAGCUCGACGGUACCACGCCGAAACGCAGAUCGUGAGGACGACGAGGAGGAUGAUCCCGAUGGGGGGGAUGAGGACGAUGAGGACGAGGGGCCCACAACGGGAGUAGAUCGACGGCGAAGUGAGGAGUCACGAUCACGCCGACUGCAAGAGGAAGAAGAGAUCGAUCAGGAUCAACAAAAUCACCAUUCCCAAAACCGCCACAACCACGUGCAACAGCAGCAGCAGCAGCAACACCAGCGGAAGGAGUCCUCGAGUGGUGUGGUGACUCCACUCGGUCCAUCCCGGUCACCGAUCGGUAGCUCGAAUGGUGGUACGACGAUGGGUCCUCCAGCCAGACACAACAACCAUCACCAGCAUCAACCUUACGGCAACAACGACGACGAUCGGAACUUUGUUUCACCACAACCAACGGCCGGGAACCGGUUACCGUCGAGUGGAGCUGGUGGCACCGUUGCCGGAGGACGAGGUCCUUACAAAAAGCACGCCGGUGGUGGUGGCGGUCACGGGCAUAACGGUGACAAACGGGAUGGUGGCAAUGGACCCCGACGACGAAGGACACGUUGCAAGAACUGUGAAGCCUGCCAACGGUCGGAUUGUGGUGAAUGUAGCUUCUGUCUCGAUAUGGUAAAAUUCGGAGGACCUGGUCGGGCAAAGCAGACGUGUAUGAUGCGCCAAUGCCUGCAACCGAUGCUUCCGGUAACGGCCCAAUGUAUCCACUGUAACCUGGACGGAUGGCGACAAGCGCCCAUAACGGCACCCGCCCAGGCUAAGCUGCAGGCUCAACUGCAGGAAGGUCCUUCGGCGCUGAUGGAGUGCUCCGUGUGCUACGAGAUAUCGCACCCGGAUUGUGCGCAACGAGCCGCACCGGAAGCGCACGGUAUCGUGAAUGAUGAUCUCCCCAACAGCUGGGAGUGUCCGACGUGCUGCAAGUCUGGCAAGAACACCGACUAUCGGCCUCGUCACUUCCGAGCGCGACAGAAAUCUUCCGAAAUCCGCCGUAUGUCCGUCAGCAGUGACGCAUCGUCGGUGCACAACGUCGAGCAGGGGGGGCGGAUAGGUGGCAACGGUGGUGGUGGUGGCGGCGGCGAAGGAUCGAUGAGCAAUUCCGGUGAUGCCAUAGUACCCGGCGGCGGAGGUGGAUCGAACGUGGCCACACCGAGAGCACCACGGUUCCAGAACGACAUGUUGUACGAUUUCGCCGUAUCGGGAAGUGCGGUUAUCGUCGGGGGCAACGGGGGUAAUAUCCUGUUCGAACGGAAGCCUAAGAUAAAGGACGAAGACAUGUCGAGUGGAUCGGAAAAUGAUGCUGCCGGUGGUGGAGGAAUGAGCAAGAAAAUGCAUCUUCAAUCCAGCGGUGCGAUGAAGGUGGAGGUGAAAGACGAACCGCUGGAUCAGCUGCAACAGAACCAUGCGUAUGCGAAUCAUCACGGCACGAGCGUUAUUAAAGAUGGCCGCGAGUUGAUGGCAGCAUCCGGAGGCACUGGUGGCACCGCUGGUGUUCCGGUGAAGCGACGCAAGAGCGAAGAAGGUGGUUUGGGUAAUCUGAACCAUGUUGGUGCCGUAGGACCGGGUGUCACGGAUAUACACGACACGAAGAACAACCACGGUACGUUGCCGCGGAAGAAGUCCUCCCAACGGAUGCAACUCGCGCACCAAAUCCACAGCACGUCGACGAAACCGAUGAAGAAACCACUGUACCCGAUCCGUCCGGCCGCUGUGACACAUGCGCCUGCGAUGCCCCUGUCGGGUAACUACGCCCUGGACAGCACGUGCCUGUUGGCGGUGUUCCGGUAUCUACCACCGGAAACGCUCGUCACCUGUACGAUGGUGUGCAAGACGUGGUCCAACAUUGCGGUCGAUUCGUCACUGUGGAAGCGCAUGAACUGCGCCGAGUACAAGCUGUCUCCGAACCUGCUAUCAGCGAUCGUCCGUCGCCAACCGGAACACCUGAUUAUGGACUGGAUCGGGUUGGGAAAGCGGCAAGUGACGUGGCUGAUAUCACGCAUUCCGGGUCUGAAGAACCUUUCACUGCAGGGCACACACAUUCAGGCUGUACUCGGAUUGCACACCUGCAUGUGUCCACCACUGCAGGUGCUCGAUCUCAGUUUCAUCGCCGGAUUGAACGAUUUCGCGAUCCGUGAGAUUCUGUCACCCCCGAAGGACUCCCGACCGGGGUUAGCGGAUUCGAAGUCACGCUUGCGUAACCUAAAAAUGAUGAAGGUGGCCGGAGCGGACAUUUCGGACGUGGCAUUGCGGUACAUCACGCAGGGUCUUCCGAACCUAACACACCUCGAUCUAAGCUCGUGCCAGCGGAUUACGGAUGCGGCCAUCGCUCAGAUCGGAACCUCCCAGCCGGCCAUCAAAACACUGAUCGAGCUCGAUCUGAGCUGUUGCAAGCUAAUCACGGAGCUAUCGCUCGACCACCUGGCCAAGUGUGACGCUCUGACACGGCUCGAUCUCAGCCACGUGCCGCAGGUGUCCACGCAAGCGGUGAUCAAGUUCGCUUCGACCUCCAAGAAUGAUCUGCAACUGCACGACAUCAAGCUGGUGGACAAACGGAAAACCCUCUCGCAACCACAGCAGCAGCAUCCAUCGUCGAAUGAGACGCAGUGA